CUUGUGUCAUCGCUGACAAAAGUGGCUAGUAACCUUAAAAUUGCAUUCCUCGGGUAUAAUAUCAAAAUGGGUUUGUACACCUUAGUUGCAACGUGUAUCUGCACCCUAGUGCUUCCAGUGUUGCUGUUUUUAGUUGCAGUUAAAUUAUGGCAAAUAUACAUGAUUCGUGGACGUGAUCCGGGCUGCCAGCUUCCCCUGCCUCCAGGUACAAUGGGCUUGCCGUUCCUUGGCGAGACACUUCAGCUGGUUCUGCAGAGAAGGAAAUUCCUUCGGAUGAAGCGCCAGAAGUACGGAUUUAUUUAUAAAACUCAUCUGUUCGGUAAUCCCACUGUGAGAAUAAUGGGAGCCGAGAAUGUGAGGCAGAUACUGCUGGGUGAACAUAAACUUGUCGCUGUUCAUUGGCCGGCGUCCGUGAGAACAAUUCUGGGCUCUGACACUGUCUCCAAUCUCCACGGAGCACAGCACAAAAGCAAGAAAAGGGCACUUAUGAAAGCCUUCUCACGUGAAGCAUUGGAACACUACAUCCCCGUUAUCCGCGAGGAGGUGAGAUGCGCGGUGAAGGACUGGAUGCAAAGCGAUCCCUGCGUGCUGGUUUAUCCGGAGAUGAAGCGGCUCAUGUUCCGCAUUGCAAUGAGGAUUCUGCUCGGGUUCGACCCUGAACAAAUUAAGACGGAUGAGCAGGAAUUAGUGGAGGCAUUUGAAGAGAUGAGAAAGAACCUGUUCUCCCUCCCAAUCGAUGUUCCAUUCAGUGGGUUAUACCGGGGUCUGAAAGCACGCAAUUUCAUUCAUUCAAAAAUCGAAGAAAAUAUACAAAAGAAGAUCCAGGACAGCGUUGACAAGAGAAACCCCAAGGAUGCGCUCCAGCUGUUAAUUGAAAACUGCAGACGAAGCGAUGAACCACUCAACAUGCAGGAGCUCAAAGAGUCUGCGACAGAAUUGCUGUUCGGCGGUCACGAGACUACGGCCAGCACUGCCACCUCUCUGGUGAUGUUCCUUGGUCUGAAUCAGGACGUGAUACAGCGCGUGAGAGAGGAGCUUCAGGAGACGGGAUUAAUGGGCGUGGGUUCUCAGGAGAAAACUCUCAAUAUAGAGUUGCUGGAACAACUGAAGUACACGGGGUGUGUUAUCAAAGAAACGCUACGGAUUAACCCCCCUGUCCCUGGAGGCUUCCGCGUGGCUCUGAAGACAUUCGAAAUUGACGGUUACCAGAUCCCGAAGGGUUGGAAUGUCAUUUACAGCAUAUGUGACACACAUGAUGUUGCAGACGUGUUCCCCAACAAGGAAGAAUUUCAGCCAGAACGAUUCAUGGGCAAAUCUCCCGAAGACUCCUCCAGGUUUAACUACAUCCCCUUCGGAGGAGGCUCAAGGAUGUGCGUUGGCAAGGAAUUCGCAAAAGUCCUCCUUAAGAUAUUCCUAGUAGAGGUGAUCACUAGCUGCAACUGGACCCUGUUGAAUGGACUGCCAACUAUGAAAACUGGUCCAACUGUUUACCCAGUGGACAACCUCCCCACAAAAUUCUGCAACUACAAUGAUAAUUGAGGAAAACUUUUUAGCUUGAAAAUAUGUAAAUAGUCUUAUUUAAUUAUUUUAGAUCAACUGACUGUGUUUGACAUUUUAGUUUUAACGUGUAUAGUUGAGUACAAUAGAUAUUUAUAUAAACCCAACAAUAUUUUUGUAAACAAAACUUUAAGCACUACAUAUUAAUGGAUCUAUCAUUUCUUUUUCAACCUGUAAAUGUUGUGUACAUUUGUAAUGUAGUUAAGUAGCAUUUUGUAUCUUAAUGCAUCUUAUUUAAGUUACAUAUUACUGUAAAUUUUUUAUUUAAUAAAAUGUUUUCAAAGAAAUAA